GUGUGGAGCGGGCAAAACUGCCCGGUACGGAACAGCGCAGGCCCGGGAGCCUCGUGCUUUGCUCACCCAGACAGGAAGCGGGAGAGUUCGCUGCUAUGAAUGUGACAUUUAUUUUGACAAAGCCUGGGAUACCCUGUAUGAAAUAGUCUUCCUAUCAUGAGAGCACUCACUUCCUCUAAAUGAGUUCAGCCCAUGUCUUCAUAACCCAUCCUGGGACUGAGAAGAUUACCAGGGUGGCCUGUUAUCCACCUGACUUCUGGUGGUAGUGUUUCUAGACUGGUGAAUGUCAGUUCUGGCUUCAGGAGGCUCCGUUCUAUCUCCUAGUCCUGAUUCCUCAGACCUUUUCCCUUUUGGAAGAGAAGCAGAAGAUGACCAAGUCUCAGGGUCCAGUGUCAUUUGAGGAUGUGGCUAUAGAUUUCACCCAGGAGGAGUGGCAGCAACUGGACCCUGCUCAGAGGACCCUGUACAGGGAUGUGAUGCUGGAGAACUACAGCCACCUGGUCUCAGUGGGGUAUCCAGUUUCCAAACCAGGUGUCAUAUCUAAGUUGGAACAAGGAGAAGAGCCAUGGAUCAUGAAGAGAGACGUAUCAAAUUGGAUCUAUCCAGACAGGGAGACUAGACUUGACACACAUCAAUUGGAUACACUUGGAGAUGUUUACUUUCAUAAGGACAUACUGGAAAGUGUCACAAGGGAUCAUUCAUUGUACUCCGUUUUAAAGGUCUGGCAAGGCGACCAGCUGGAGAGAUAUCAGGAAAAUCAAGACAGACUUCUCAGGCAAGUCACAGUCAUCAACAACAAAACAGUUAUUGAAGAGUCAAACUAUACAUAUAAUGCAUUUGGAAAAAUAUUUCAUAACUGCACAGACCUAGAUACUUCAAGACAAAGACUGUAUAAGUGUGAUUCAUUUGAAAAGAGCUUGGAACCUACUGUAAACCUAUUCAGUUGUAAUAGGGGUUAUGCAAGAAAAAACACAGAUGAGAAUUUUGGAUAUGGGAGAACACCUAGUUCUUCCUAUUCUAAGCUUGAAAAAAUUCAUAAUAGAGUGAAACACUGUGAAGAUAGUCAAUGUGGAAAAAUCAUCGGCGAUAAACAAUCUGUUAUUCAAUAUGUGAAUGUUGAAACGGGGGAGAAGAUCUGUGUAUGUAUUGAAUGUGGAAAAUCUUUUCUCAAGAAGUCACAGCUCAUUAUACAUCAAAGAAUUCAUACCGGAGAGAAACCUUAUGGUUGUAGUGCUUGUGGGAAAGCCUUCAGUGAGAAAUCACAUCUCAUUGUACAUCAGAGGACACAUACUGGGGAGAAACCUUACGAAUGUUCUGAAUGUGGAAAAGCCUUCUCUCAAAAAUCAUCCCUCAUUAUCCAUCAGAGAGUUCAUUCUGGUGAAAAACCAUAUGAAUGUAGUGACUGUGGGAAAGCCUUCUCCCAGAAAUCACCCCUCAUUAUACAUCAGAGAAUACAUACUGGUGAAAAGCCAUAUGAAUGUAAUCAGUGUAGGAAGGCCUUCUCCCAGAAGUCACAGCUGAUUAUACAUCAUAGAGCUCAUACUGGAGAGAAGCCCUAUGAGUGUACUGAAUGUGGGAAAGCCUUCUGUGAGAAGUCCCACCUCAUCAUACAUAAAAGGAUUCACACUGGGGAGAAACCCUACAAAUGUGCUCAAUGUGAGGAAGCCUUCAGCAGAAAGUCAGAACUCAUUAUACAUCAGAUAAUUCAUACUGGGGAGAAACCUUAUGAAUGUACUGCAUGUGGGAAGACCUUCUCCCGGAAGUCACAGCUCAUUAUACAUCAGAGAACGCAUACUGGAGAAAAACCCUAUAAAUGCAGUGAAUGUGGAAAAGCCUUCUGUCAGCAGUCACAUCUCAUUGGACAUCAGAGGAUUCACACAGGAGAAAAACCUUACGUUUGUACUGAAUGUGGGAAAGCCUUCUCUCAAAAGUCUCACCUCCCAGGGCAUCAGCGGAUUCAUACAGGAGAGAAACCUUAUAUAUGUGUUGAAUGUGGAAAAGCCUUUUCCCAGAAGUCAGACCUUGUUGUACAUCGGAGAAUUCAUACUGGGGAGAAACCUUAUCAAUGUGCUGUAUGUGGAAAAGCCUUCAUCCAGAAAUCACAACUCACUGUACAUCAGAGAAUUCAUAUAGUGGAGGCCACCAUCUUCAAGGUGGAGGUCGUGCAGCAAGGCGUGGCCCUGGAGGAGGGAGAGGUGGCGGGGAUCCGGGAGGAGUUAGGGCUGCUCGUGGAGGACAUCAUGCAAGUGUUGGAGGUGGUGGCAGAGGAGGAGCAGGAGAUGCAGGCGGAGGAGCGGGAGGAGAAGCCCCAGGAGCAGGAGCAGGAAGAGCCAGAGCCGGGACCCACGACAGCCUGGCCCCCGCUAGAGGCGCUGGGGGCCCUGCAGUUAGAGCUGAGCACUCUGAAUGUCCAAGCCAGCAGGAUCUAUUUUGACAAAGCCUGGAAUACCCCAUAUAAAACAGUCUGUCUAUCAUGGGAGCACCCACUUCCUCUGAACCAGUUAAGUCUUACCUACCUGACUCCUUCUGGGACUGAGAAGGAUUUCCCAGGCAUCUACCUUUUUAGAAGAGAGCAGAAAAUGAUGAAGUCCCAGGGGUUAGUAUCAUUCAAGGAUGUGGCUGUGGAUUUCACCCAGGAGGAGUGGCAGCAACUGGACCCUGCUCAGAAGACCCUGUACAGGGAUGUGAUGCUGGAGAACUACAGCCACCUGGUCUCAAUGGGGCAUCCAGUUUCCAAACCAGAUGUCAUCUCCAAGUUGGAACAAGGAGAAGAUCCAUGGAUCGUAAAGAGAGACAUACCAAAUUGGAUCUAUCCAUAUGAAGAUCAGGCAGAUGGGCGACAAGACAGGAAAAGUAACCUUGACAACACCCAGUCAUGUAUUUUGGGGUCUGUUUCCUUCCAUAAUAAGAUACUGAAAGGAGUCACAAAGGAUGGUUCAUUUUACUCCAUUUUAAAAGUCUGUCAAGGUGAUGGCCACCUGCAGAGAUGUCAGAAAAACAGACUUUUCAGGCAAGUAACAGUCAUCAACAACAAAACAAUGACUGUGGAGUCAGACCACAAAUAUAAUGCAUUGGGGAAAAUAUUUCAAGAAUGCAUAGGGUCAGAUACAUCAAGACAAAGACCCCAUAACUGUGAUGCAUUUAAAAAUAACUUGAAAUCUAGUAUUGACCUACCUAGUUGUAAUAAGAGCAAUUCAGGAAAAAACCCUGAUGAGAGUUUUGGAUGUGGAAAAUCAUCCAUCCAUGGUGUGUCCAAUCCUGAUCUUGAGAAAAUUCACAAUCGAGUAAUUCCCUGUGAUGAUAAUGAGUGUGGAAACAUUUUCAGCAAGAAACAAUCCCUUAUUCCGUAUCAGAAUGUUGAAACUAAGGAGAAAACCUGUGUAUGUAUUACAUGUGGAAAAGCCUUUGCUAAGAAGUCACAGCUCAUUGUACAUCAACGAAUUCAUACUGGGAAGAAACCAUACAAUUGUGGUGCAUGUGGGAAAGCCUUCAGUGAGAAGUUUCACCUCAUUGUACAUCAAAGAAUUCAUACUGGGGAGAAACCUUAUGAAUGUUCUGAAUGUGGAAAAGCCUUCUCUCAAAAAUCAUCCCUCAUUAUACAUCAAAGAGUUCAUACUGGGGAAAAACCAUAUGAAUGUAGUGACUGUGGGAAAGCCUUCUCCCAGAAAUCACCCCUCAUUAUACAUCAGAGAAUUCACACUGGAGAGAAACCUUAUGAAUGUAGAGAGUGUGGUAAGGCCUUCUCCCAGAAGUCACAGCUGAUUAUACAUCAUAGAGCUCAUACUGGAGAGAAGCCCUAUGAGUGUACUGAAUGUGGGAAAGCCUUCUGUGAGAAGUCCCACCUCAUCAUACAUAAAAGGAUUCACACUGGGGAGAAACCCUACAAAUGUGCUCAAUGUGAGGAAGCCUUCAGCAGGAAGACAGAACUCAUUACACACCAGUUAAUUCAUACUGGGGAGAAACCUUAUGAAUGUACUGCAUGUGGGAAGACCUUCUCCCGGAAGUCACAGCUCAUUAUACAUCAGAGAACGCAUACUGGAGAAAAACCCUAUAAAUGCAGUGAAUGUGGAAAAGCCUUCUGUCAGAAAUCACAUCUCAUUGGACAUCAGAGGAUUCACACAGGAGAAAAACCUUACGUUUGUACUGAAUGUGGGAAAGCCUUCUCUCAAAAGUCUCACCUCCCAGGGCAUCAGCGGAUUCAUACAGGAGAGAAACCUUAUAUAUGUGCUGAAUGUGGAAAGGCAUUUUCUCAGAAGUCAGACCUUGUUUUACAUCAGAGAAUUCAUACUGGGGAAAGACCUUAUCGGUGUGCUGUAUGUGGAAAAGCCUUCAUCCAGAAAUCACAACUCACUGUACAUCAGAGAAUUCACAGCAGUAGUAAAAUCAUAAUGAACUAAAAACACAGACAAGCUUUCAGUAUUAGCUCAAGCCUUAAUAAACAACAGAAACCUGAUUAAUUUGAUAAAUUUGUGGACAACAUCUUUAUAGAGAAAAUUUUACAAGAGAAUUUGUGUCUGUAGUGUGGUGAUAACUAACUCAGCAAAGAUGAUGGGAAAUAAUUACAUAAAUGAAGGACAUUUCACCAUGAUAUGUAAAGCUUUUAAAGUCAUGAACUGAAUGGUCAGUAGAACAAAUUAUGUAUAUAGAAUAUUGUCAAAUUACAUAUUCCUUAUUAUACCAUAACAAUAAACACAUUGUGAAAUUGCUAAUAUUAGCUUGCCAUUAUUUUGGCCAUGUACAGUAAUUCCCUGUAAAGGACAUGAAGAAAACUUGAGUUAAAAAAAUCAAUUCCUAGAAACUGUAUUAAUAAGGAGGGGCUUGGGAGUUCCCUGGUGGUAGGACUUGGCGCUUUCACUGCUGUGGCCCAGGUUCAAUCCCUGGUUGGGGAACUAAGAUCCUGCAAGCUGUGCAGAGCAGCCAAAAAAAAAAAAAAAAGGGUGGGGGGCUUAGCAUGAUCCCUAAAUAUACAUGUAAAAUUUUUAUACAAAGAUGGAAAGAUAGGUUGAUCAGAUUUAGUAAAGGUGAUAAUUAUACAUUUUCCCAUCUCAAGCAUAUAAGUUGAUCUGUAUCUCUGGAAGGACCCUGGACCUUGAAAUUGAUGCUUCUUGACCAAGUCUCCUCUUUACUCUCCCUUACUGGGAAUUUGGUAUAGUGGAAAGACUUUGGUACUGAACCAGAUGGUUUGGGUUUUAAUCCUGGCUCAACUACUCAAAAGAUUGUGUGACUUCAGGCAAGCCUACUUUACCCAUCUGAAUAUUUUUUCUUAUUGGUAAA